UACAGCAGUAUAUAGGUGGAGGGGAAAAAAAUAAAGGUACGCGACAGUCUGCGCGACGGCAAAAAGAUAUUGCCAACCUAUCUUCUAUAUUCCACUAUGGGGUCUUGCCUAAUAUUGCCAAUAUUUGAUGGACGAUUUGGCGGAAAGCGCCGCUACGACGGACAAAGUAUAUGUAACGUGAUGUGAACGUGAGCCCUGAUGCAACCCAGCCAUCGCUGGGACGAGAAUGCGACAUUCGGUCCUCCAUCUCAUCCAAUAUCGAUCGUCAAAUUUAUAGAGGAAGCUACAUCACUCAACCGUGACGUCUCAUUGGGGAGGGAUAGCCCAAGUUCCGAGGAUUCAUUGAAGUGGAAUCGCGUUGACGACGUCACGCACGACAAAAUAGAGCAAGAAUACAUAAGGAACAACCUAGGAAAUCCUAAAAAAGAAGCGAUUUUGCGAAGCUUCCAUGACCUUCAGCUGAAUGAAGAAUUUGGUGAAAAUGGUGCAAUGAAAAGGCGGAAAGGACACGCUGGCUUGCGCGGUGAAAUUUCAUCCGUGCGUUUGGGUCGUUCAAGCACUGCAAGUGAUGAGCCCGACCUCACUCAUUUCGAGAAGACUAUUCGGGAUAUCCCAUUGGAGUGUUGGAACGUGUCUGCGGAAGCCAACCUUUAUUCCCGAUUGCGGCGUAAUGAGGACAUAAAUAGUUUAAGCAAUAUUAAAUACAGCUCGGUUCCAAGCAAGGAUGGUUCCGCCUUAUGUUCGAUCAGUGGUAUCUUUGGAAGCGGCAGUCCCAUUGCGCUCAUCACAUACGCAAUUUUCUCCCGCGGGUUUUCUUUCCCUCACCAUUUCCAUCGAUCCUCUACGCAUGUUGCUCUUUCCACUCAGACUCUGGGAGAUGUGUACGACAACAUGCCGUGCCUGGAGAAAUUCCUCCCACAAGAAAUUUUAAGCGAUGAUGGGAAAACUCUUGUGGGCUACGAAGAUCAUGUCGAAGAAGGCAAAGGAGUUGUUAUAUGUGUGGAGGGUGUUGUGCAUGGUGAUGGAUUAGGUGCGCAUGAUUAUGGCGAAAAACUGAAGACGUAUAUCAACAAGAGAGGUCCUGGUUUUGUCCACCUGGGAGCUGGAAUUCACAGCGUCGUACUUGCAAACCUGGCUUUCCGACUACAUCAACCUUAUUAUCUUCUGCACCAAGGAGACUGCGAACACUUCAUCGUUUUCAGUCAAAUAAGAUUGCCGACACCCACUGACCCCCCCGCGAAUUAUCCUCUGACAAUCCAACUGUCCCCUGCCAGCAUAACGAGCAGGAAGCCUCUAUGCAGGAGUUGCAACAGACUCCCCGCAGAACUAUCUAUCGUCGGAGACGUGCGAACUGGCGAGCCCAUCACUCUCGUAUGUCGGAUGUGUUGGCAGAUAUUAGGGCCACCCCUUGAAGGCAGGGACGAGACCGCUAUGGUUAUCAGAUUGCUUGGAGAUGAGGGACUAUGCUGAAGCACCAGUUUAUCCCGGCUUGUUUAUCCAUAUACUGUAAUAUUUUAUCAAAAUGUACACGAUGAAGAUACCAGUGGCCUACUAGUACAGCAAAUGCGCCUCGAGAUCAAACCAUGCGGCGACUGACC